AUGCUGUGGGGAGGCCUUCGAACGCGAGAGCCUGAAGUGCUGAGCAGCGCGGAUGCUGAGCAGCGCGGAUGCCGAGCAGCGCAGAUGCCGAGCAGCGCAGGUGCCGAGCAGCACGGUUGGAAAGCCAAGAUUUUCCCAGUGGAAGUCGGCUGCAGAGGCUUUGUGGGCAAGUCAACCAUCAGGCUCCUUCAGGAUCUUGGUAUUCGAGGCGACAAACCAACGCCCUCUCAGGAGUAG